AUGCAGUGGAAGUCACUCCUUCUGUGUGCCGCCAUCGCCGAAUCGGCCCUGGCUCGCACCCACGGCCACCAGCGCCGUCAACACGGUCACGGCCACGCCCAGGAGGCUCAUGUGGCCGCCCGUGACGUCGAAGUCGAGGUGCACACCGUCGUCAACAUCGAGCACGUCACCCUCACCACCACCGUCUACGGCCAGCCCACUGAAGCUGCCGAGGCCGCUACUACCAGCAGCACCAUUACUGAGGCAGCAGCCACCACCACCACCACCGACGCCGCCACCGCCGGAGCCUUCGUGGAAGUCGACUUGGACGAGGACCUCGCCAUCAGCGCCAGCCUGGGACUCUCUCUCUCCCUGGGCCUGGGCUUGGGCGACGACCAAACCAGCACUACCACCCACACCAGCACUUACACCAACACCAAGACCCACACCGCCGCAUCCCAGACAGCUGCUAGCACCACCGCCGCCGCCACCAGCACCGGCAGCUCCGCCAGCGAGGCCUGGACCGCGACCCCCACCAACGGCGUCUUCUCGACUGCCGGAUUCGGCGAGCGCACCAACAGCAGCAGCAGCGGCGUCACCUACAGCGGCAACGUGGGCAACCCCUGGGGCAGCAACAUCCAGGAAGUCAGCGCCAGCGAGGCCUGGCAAUACAAGUACGUCAUCCGCAUGGAAGGCAGCAACACCAAGGACUGGUUCGUCAGCUUCUGGAACAAGAUCGGACCGGAUGGAAAGAUGGACGGAUGGUACGGACACUCGGCGUUGAACUUCACUCUCGGCGCGGGCGAGACCAAGUACGUUGCCUUCGACGAGAACAGCCAGGGUGGAUGGGGUGCCGCGGAGGGCGACAGUCUCCCUACUGAUGCCUAUGGCGGUUACUCCUGCACCUGGGGCGAGUUCGACUUCGGAGAUACCGAUAACAGCGGCUGGUCUGGUUGGGAUGUGUCUGCAAUUCAGGCUCAGAAUGCCGAUCAGACGGUCCAGGGUAUGCGUAUUUGCCAGUACUCUGAUAAGCAGUGCUCGUAUAUCACUACUGACGCCGAGACGGUGGUGAAUGCGUACACUUCCUCCGAGGCGUCGGUGGAUGGCAUUGGUGGUACUUUGUCGUCGGGUGCGGUGCGCUUGACGGUUGAGGUGGAUUAUAGCUAG